AGAACACACUAGGGUUUCCAUCAUAUCAGACCCCAACCAUUAUCAUCUUCACUGACUUCCCAAAGGCCCCAUCUUUCUCAAAGCAAUGGCUACAUCUCAGCUAACAGCAUCAUCAAUGACAGUAUCAGUAAGGAACUUAGCUUCCUUUGAAGGGAUAAGGCCUUCAAGUGUAAAGUUCUCUUCUUUUGGAACUUUAAAGCCUGGGUCUUUGUCUCAAAGGUCCUUUAAGCGUCUUUUUGUAAAAGCUGUCGCCGUUGUUGCUCCUAAGUACACCUCGAUUAAGCCCUUGGGUGAUAGAGUUUUGGUGAAGAUCAAAGAAGCAGAGCAGAAGACCGAGGGCGGGAUUUUGCUUCCGACGAUGGCUCAAUCGAAACCUCAAGGAGGUGAAGUGGUUGCCGUUGGUGAGGGGAAGACAAUCGGGAAGACCAUAUUGGAAAGCUCUGUUAAGACUGGUGCCCAGGUUAUAUACUCCAAGUAUGCCGGAACUGAGGUCGAGUUCAAUGGUUCAAAUCAUCUUAUCUUGAAGGAGGAUGACAUUGUUGGGGUUCUUGAAACUGAUGACAUUAAAGACGUCAAGCCUCUAAAUGACAGAGUUUUCAUUAAGGUAGCAGAAGCUGAGGAGAAAACCGCUGGCGGUUUGUUGUUGACCGAGGCAAGCAGAGAAAAACCUUCCAUUGGCACGGCUAUUGCCGUUGGAUCUGGUACUUUGGACGAGGAAGGUAACCGAAAGCAGCUGUCUGUUGCGGCGGGGAACAUAGUUUUAUAUUCGAAGUAUGCUGGUAAUGACUUAAAAGGCAAUGAUGGAACUAAUUAUAUCGCUCUCAGAGCAUCUGAUGUAAUGGCUGUGCUUUCUUAGUUGUCUCUGUUAAGGUAUGCUGUGAGGUUUACAAACUGCAAUUUAUUAUGGUUGAGUUGCCAUAAGGCACAAGGAUUUUGUCCCUUGAAAUGAAUUUUCAUUGUUUCUGUUUACUUUA